CAGCCCAGCACCCCGCCCGCCCGCCUCCCCUCCCCUCCCCCGGCCGUCCAUUACCUCGGCCGCCUCCACCUCUGCCUCCGCCUCCCCACGAGCGCUGGGGCUUCCAGAUUCCUAGCCACAUGACCCUCCGCACCGACGAGACACCAGAGACGGAGACAUGGGGCUGAAGGGGUUCGUCGAGGGCGGCGCCGCCUCCGUCGUCGCCGGCUGCUCGACGCACCCGCUCGACCUCAUCAAGGUCCGCAUGCAGCUACAGGGCGAGGCGGCCCGGGCCCCGGCACCGGCCAUGCGCUUCGCGCUCGUGUUCCCCCCCGGCGUGCAGCAUCACCACCACCACGACCACCUCCUGCAGCCGCCGCGCAGGCCCGGGCCCAUCGCCAUCGGCGCGCAGAUCUUGCGCGCGGAGGGCCCCGCAGGGCUGCUCUCCGGGGUGUCGGCCACCGUGCUGAGGCAGGCGGUCUACUCCUCGACGUCCAUGGGGCUCUACGACACGAUCAAGAGGAGGUGGGAACGGGAAUCCGGCGGCACCGCGCUGCCGCUGCACCGGAAGAUCGCGGCCGGGCUCGUCGCCGGCGGCGUCGGCGCGACCGUGGGCAACCCGGCCGACGUGGCCAUGGUGCGGAUGCAGGCGGACGGGCGGCUCCCCGCGGCCGAGCGGCGGAACUACCGGAGCGUCGCGCACGCCAUCGCCCGGAUCGCGCGCGACGAGGGCGUGCGCAGGCUCUGGCGCGGGUCGUCGCUCACGGUCAACCGCGCCAUGAUCGUGACGGCGUCGCAGCUGGCCACCUACGACCAGGCCAAGGAGGCAAUCCUGUCCCGGCGCGGCCCGGGCGGCGACGGGCUGGCGACGCACGUGGCGGCCAGCUUCACGGCCGGCCUGGUGGCCGCUGCGGCGUCAAGCCCCGUGGACGUGGUCAAGACGAGGAUCAUGAACAUGAAGGUGGAGCCGGGCGCCCCGCCGCCGUACGCCGGCGCGAUCGACUGCGCCAUCAAGACGGUGCGGUCGGAGGGCGCGCUGGCGCUGUACAAGGGCUUCAUCCCAACGGUGACGCGACAGGGACCCUUCACCGUGGUGCUCUUCGUCACGCUCGAGCAGGUCCGGAAGCUGCUCAAAGACUUCGACUUCUGAGAGACCCAGGAAGACGGCAUGGCCAUCGCCAAUCUGGCCCAGGAAUGUAGCGUACCCCAUUGGUAAAACUAUGAUCCCCUCCUCUCCCAUAGAUCGCAAGCAGCAGCUCCACACCGUAGUCUGUGCCUGUGCGGAUUUGAUAAAUUAUGGUGGAAAUUUUGAUGUGUGCUAAUUUUUGAUCAUUUAGUGGGGAAUUUUGAUCUGUGCCACCUACUUUGUCUUGGUCAGUUCCUCAUAACACAUAUCAGUAGACUAUAUGAUUCUCA